AUGGCGGGCGGCGUCAAAGUCCUGCUGCUGCUCGCGAUGGGCGAGUUGGCUCACUCGGAUUUGUCCACGUACCGUUAUGCCAAGAUCACGUGGACUUCUUGCGAGCAAGGCUUCUAUGAUCCUCUCUUCCCUGAUACUUGCAAAGACUCUUCAAGUCCGUUGGACAUUGGAGUGACAGUAAGCGCAGCAUGGGACAUCCGAGAUUUGAGUGAAACAUCUAUGAUACUGCUCAGUGACGCGCUGCAAGCAAAGCAGAAGUUCUUGACUGACCCUGCUAGUGCAAAGCUCAGUUUGACUCGCGGAGACCCUAUGGGCAAAUAUCGAAAGAUAGGUUACCGGACGUUGGAUGCAACAUCUACCACAGAUGUCGAUUGUUCAAGAGAUAAGAAUUGCGAUGCUACGAAUUAUUACUUGCGGAUCGAUCACCUCUCACCAGAUGGAAACGUGAUCUUCUGCCGCUUUUCCUUUACAGCUUCUCUUUCUCCUCAGGGUACAGUACAUCUGCUUCAAUUCGAAGGAUGUUGCCGUCUCGAUCGAUACACAUACGAGAACCUGAAUCUGGCUGCAUCGACGUCCAAAUCCAAUUUUGAAAUCUCCGCGACAGUGAUAACUGACGGGGUUGCUCCUCUCCAGACAAGAUCACCUCAAAUCAGUUCGCCAUACCUUGUGGAGCUGACAUCGACAACACCUAUCUGCACUCCUCCCUCGUUUCCGAUACAAGCCUUUCAUCCUCUUGAUCAGUACAAGGACAGCUUAGGCGAUUUGUGGUGGGUCGCCAAAAUAGAAGUGAUGAGUGCAGCAUCUUGUGGAGCAACUCCAGCAAACAAAGACAGAUGCUCUAGUGCGAUCAUCGACUUCUUGAUCCAUGUCCAAGUGCUGCCAAUUACUACCAUGUACUCGUUGCCAGCCGUCGCAAACCCUGACUCCUUCUUGAGCCCCCGGACUACCAGAAAUCAAUAUUUUUCCAUCCAAUGCAAUACGGAGGAUUUUGAAUUUUCCAGCGUCAAAACGAGAACGCUAAGGAUUGGAUUUCGAAACCCUGCUAUGCCUUCAUCGAACAAUAGUCUUGAUUGGAUAUUUCAAAACAACGAUUUUCCCAGCAUUGGUAUCUCCCCUGUAAAAUGGGCAAACAAUUAUGGAUACGUUGACUUGACAUGGAGACCGCAUUGUGAAGAUCCGUCGCAGCAAACGUGUUCUGCAGACUGCGUCAGUUGUUGUGGAGAACUCAACUGCACAAUACCGAACAACGCGACCUGUUGUAGAAGGGCGCAUGCUAUCCGCGGAGCCAGUUUCCAGAUGGACGUCAAGGCAAUCACUCAGGACUACGUGCAGAGAGUUGAUGUGAACUUCUCUUUUCCUGAGGCAGUGCUGCCUGUGCCAACAACUAUCCAGAAGAAAUGGGGUUGUGAUACCGGUCAGGUUACAGUGAGAUUCAGUUACGCACAAGGCCAGGACUCUAUGACAGGAAUUUACAAGAUUUGCUAUCAAGCUGUGCAGGUUUCAGAUCCGCUUGUGAACAAUGAGCUCUGGGCUAGAUUCUAUGGAGGAAGUUACACUCAGAACAGCUGCCUUGUCUGCAUCGCGUUGAGGAUAGAAAGCGAACCUUUCUUUGUUGAGACCACGCUCUUGCAGCAAGGCUCGACGGACAACUCAGUAACAAUCCCUCUAGCAGUUGGGCGGACACUUCGAAUCAAUCUCCUAGCUGCAUACAACAUGGGAGGCUCAACUGCUAGCUUAGACAUCUUCCCAUUAUCCGAACCGGGUCUUCCAAGCGGAGGGGUCCUGUCGGCAACCAAGCAAGUCAACUUGACUGGAUCUGCUGUUCCUACUGCGUUUCAGCGUUCUUUCGACUUCACCCCUCAUGUUGGGCAACAAGCUCAGACGUUCUCCGUGUGUUUUGCAGCCAAGAGAACCGACAUUGCUCUACAGACUCCACUGAACAGAUGUUAUAUCAUACAAGUGUAUGAGGCAACUGUGUUCUGGAAAGUAGAGAAGGUUGGAACCAGCAAUGUGAUUGAGCUCAGAUACCUGCGAGAUACUGUGACUGUCGGCUGUCCGGUAUCAUACUUUCUGUACGCCAAGAGUCAGUUCUACAACAUAGAACUUGAGCCAGACUUCAACUCAACCUGCGACGGAUGUGCUUUGAACGAGACAUACGUGGCAUCAGUUGCCCAGUAG